AUGUAUUAUCGUAAAUUAUGGUCAGAGAUGCUAGCUCUUGACAUUCAUGAGACUUUCCGACUUGAAGGUGACGAGCCAACAACAGGACAACGACUAAAAACGGCCGUGCUUGAAAGAGGAGCGGGUGAUGUUGCCAAAGAACUGUAUCGACGCUUCCAGGGAAGAGAUCCAUCAAUGGCCACAGCAUCUACAGCUGAAGAUGGGAAAGAAACGGUUGUCAAGGAGAUUCCCCCAGCUUUGGACAAACUACUUCUCUUGAUGUUUGAGCAUAAACAAAUGAGAGAGUGGUUGGCUCAAUUGAAGAGAGACAAAAUUAUACGAGAGCGCCUUAUCACUCAAAAAAACGAUAACAAUCGAAAUGACGGAUUCUUUGGUAUGUUGGAGAUAUCUUUACUGGCUCGCUUUAACGAGCAAAUGCUGCCGAUGUUUACCGUUAUUCGUGAAUUGGCUGGCAUCCAAUUAGCACCUCAUCUUUGUGAGCCAGACAUCAAUAAAUAUAUUGAUGAUCCUGCAGUCCAGCAAUUACAACAACAACAGCAGGAACUCGACUUUUCAUCACAACCAACGCGUGCAUCUUUGGGUGGAGUGGCAUUCAAGCAAGAUGCUGUCAAUCUUGCAAAGAUGAUGACUAGCGAGCAAAUCACUGUUGAUCUGAAUGCUGGAACCAAUCAGGUUGAAGAAAAACAAAAAGAAAUGCCCGCUUGGCUGGCUCCGAUUGCAAUGGGAGAAGAGAUAAACAAUGUGGAAAUCUUUAACGAUAACCAAGAAAGUACUACGCUUCAUCUAUCAAUGUUGGCCGAGUUGGAAGGUGGAACAAAUGAGCCUGAAGAAACAAACGAAGAAAGCGCUGACCAAGGAGAAGCACUACCAGAGCAAGCAGAAGAACAAGAAUCGGAGGAGGAAGAAGAGACGCCUGAAGUCACAGUUCAAGGAGUAAAGUAUGCCUUCGACCAAGAAGUUCCGACACAGAGGAAAACGACACAAUUCAAGAGAGUCAACUCGAAAAGGCCAAGGGAAAUCUCGUCAAAGAAACCAGUUUCGAAAUUCCGUGAUAUUUAUGCCAAUGAGAAAAAGACCGAACGUAUAAGCAUUGACCCAAGAUUUGAUUCUCGUUAUGGUGAACUAAAUCAAGCGCAUUUCGGAACGAAAUUAUACCCAUAUCCA